AUGCCGUACUCUUUGGAACAAGAAGUUGCAAAAAUAUUAGAACGGAGAGGCGGUCCUAUCGUUUGUGAUUCUGGUAAUACUGGCUCGAUCGCAUUCGCGUUUGACACCGCUGAAGGCACUACAGACUUCUCCGAGCAGAAAGAAUACGCUAAAAAAGUAGUCAAAUUCUUACCUGACAAUGGAAAUAUAGCAGUCGCAGGACUCGUGUACGGGGGCUCUACUGCAAUCAGUGUCCCAUUAGGAAGUGAUAAAUCAUACGACGACCUUGUGGCAGCUAUAGGAGGUAUCUCUCAAGAACAACAUGGCCCACGUGAUGAAGCUAAAGCACUUAAAGCUGCUGGCGACCUCCUCAUGAAAGAACAAUCAGAUGUCAAGGCCAUCGUUUUGUUCGUUGACGGUUCUGCAAACAACUUAGAAAAAACCAAAGCCGCUGCUGAUGAUUUAAGAGGAAAAGGUUUCAAUGUCUUUCUCGCCUUCCCGAAAGAACUUUUCAAAAAGAUUAAACCUGAGCUCCAGGACAUAGCAUCUGAGCCAUUUAGUAUGACAUUGAAUGCCAUGAACAGCCUUGGUCUCGCAGAAUCACUUGGAAUUGUAUUUGACGUAAAAUACAGUUGUUAGGCAAUUCAUCCUGGCGUUAUUAUCGCACUGCCUCUUAGUUCGUAAGCUUGAUGUGCCUUAACGUGACGCUAUAUAGAGAGAUAUGUAACGGUCAAAGUCAGACAUUAUCAGAACUGUGUGAUGGUAACAUUGUAGAUACACUAGAGUGAGUAAGUACUUAAAGUGUCAUGUCUGCACAUAAACGUUACGGAGUGACCAAAUUGGUGUGAGAUGAGGAUAAACAGAAGAAUGACUUUCCUAUGAUAUAGCCAAGGACCUAUGGACUUGUACUU